AUGGUGUUUGGUGGUUUGAGAAGAGUAAACACUCUGUAAAACGUCAAGUCAUCUCUGAAACUUUAAACAAAUACAUUAGUAAAUGGUUUGAUUCUUCUUCUUGUUGUUGUUGGUUGUUCUCACUAAGUACACUUAAGAAAGAGAUGUUGUCUUUGUGAUGUCACUUUCUGUCGGCAUUGUCUGUGUUCCGACACAACACUCCAUUUUUUCUUCUUCUUCUCGAGUUCUAGAAGAUUUGAUGUUUAAAAGCUCCUCAACUUCUUCUUGAAUUCUCCUUUUGUGAUAUUUAUUCGCCGAUGAAGUAGAGAUCUUUCUUUUUUUUUGUUGAGCAAGUAGAGAUCUUUCUUUAUUACUGGAGAUCUGUCAAAAGGUUUUUAAUGAAAUCUCUCUCUCUCUCUCUCUCUCUCUCUCUCUCUCUCUCUCUCUCUCUCUCUCUCUCUCUUUAAUAUAUUUUUUUACUGCAUGUGUGAGUGAUUCUUUCAAAAAUCAAAACAAUCGCAUUCAGCUUUACAAGUUGUCACCGCUUUUUGUUUUGUUUUGUCUUGUCUUCUCCUUAUUCUUCUUCGUUAUUUUGCCGACAUUCUCAUGUUUUUCUACAGAGUCAUCGCAUGGUAGUAAGUAGCUGUUGAGCAUCGAAGAGAGGCUAUUUCGUUUACAAAUGUCAGCAACUCCUGCAGCAGCCAUUGGAGGUGCUGUUGGAGCUCUUGCAUUGAUUGCUCUUUUGUUUCUUGUCCUAUGGUUUUGCAUCUUUCGUCACAAGAAUGCGUCUGAGACAACAGGCUCUUCUGAUCCAUCGUCUCAAGAAGGAAGAAAUGUUGCAAUGGAGUUGUCAAUGAGAGAAUCAAGAAGGUUUGGAAUGGAGGAACUUGCUCAAGCCACCAAGAGUUUCACCAGUAAAAGCCUCAUUGGUACAGGCAAAUUCGGCGAGGUUUACAAAGGUCUGCUUCAAGACGGUGUCCUUGUAGCAAUCAAGAGAAGACACGGUUUGCCUACACAAGAAUUCGUCAACGAGGUUCGGUAUCUAUCGUCUAUCAAGCAUCGUAAUCUUGUUACUCUUUUGGGUUAUUGCCAAGAAAGCAACACUCAGUUUCUUGUCUAUGAGUACGUUCCUAAUGGAAGUGUUUCCUAUCACCUGUACGGUGCUGGUGGAAGUAGGCUAGAGUUUAGAAAUAGGCUUGCCAUAUCUAUAGGAGCAGCUAAAGGACUGGCACAUCUUCACUCACUGAGUCCUAGGUUGAUACACAAGGACUUCAAAACUGCUAAUGUUCUUGUGGAUGAAAACUUCAUUGCUAAAGUUGCGGAUGCAGGAGUCCGUAACUUCUUAGGAAGAGAGGAUGCUGGUACAUCGUCUCACGUUGUUGCUGACCACAUCUUCCUCUCCCCAGAGGUUCAAGAGUUCAGAAGAUAUUCAGAGAAGAGUGAUGUGUAUGCUUUUGGGGUAUUCCUCUUGGAAUUAGUAAGUGGAAGAGAAGCAUCAGAACCAUCCCCUUCAAGUUCAACACAAACUCUUGUCGAAUGGAUGCAAAACAUAACGGAUUACACUGAGAUACCUGCAAUGAUUGAUGAGAGACUAGGUGGUACAUACACAGCAGAGGGAGUGGAGGAGGUUAUUACACUGACACUGAUAUGUCUUGAUGUAUCAAGUGAGAAGAGACCAGCAAUGAGUUAUGUUGUGACAGAGCUUGAGAGAAUAUUGGACAAAGAAGUGAGCUUAACAACAGUAAUGGGUGAAGGUACUCCAACUGUUACUCUUGGAAGUCAGCUUUUUAAAGCAUCAAAGUGAUUAAAAGGAACCACAUUUCUAUUAUGUAUACAUAUAAUUGUAUAAAGAACAGCUGAGCUAUUAUUAUUAUUCAUUUUUUAUUGUUACUUUCUUUGGAGGUUAUUUUCAGCAUUUUUUUUUUUUGAAAAUGAGUGCAGAAAAUGUAACUUUGUAAACACAUUAUUUAUUGAUAUAAUAAAGGAAGGAAAGAGUGGAAUGUUGUGUGAA